AUGGUUCUCUUUGAUUUCAAAUCCGACAAGCACUUCGUUGCUUCCUCGGACAAGACGACCCUCAAAGUCUACGAGUUGACCAACCCUACUACUGUUAAUCCUUCCUCCAUCGGAAAGAAUCACUGGAAGGAAGCCGCCACCAUCACCGCCCGUGCAGAGGAGGAGGAGGAGGACGAAUCUUACGACGGGCUGAUGUUCUUCGAUGGUCACGGGAGGAUCGAGGGACGGGAGGCGUUGACCAAGCUAGCCCAACACCUCACCCGGCUGCAAUUGAGGGUCAGCCCUCAAGGGUUUUGUUUCCAGGAUGUCACCGGGUUAGGCGAACACAAAGAGUUUGGGUUUCACUACCUCCGACUGAAUGAUCUUUUCAACUGGCCGUAUCACGGUAUCAGAAUGCCAGGAAUCGCCACGUGGCGGCGCCUGGUGUUGGAGUACUCCGUACCGAAAGGGGAGAAGAAGCGGUCGACGACGGCCGGAGGAGGCGUGAGCAAGAAGAAGUACGAGGAGUUGAAAAAAAUGGUCGAAGAAAGGGACGAAAAGAUACUGAAGCUGAGGGAGGAGAUGGAAGAACAAGAUUGGGAAUUGGAAAAGCUAAAAGAAGAGAGGGGGAAACACGAGCAGGAGCUGCGAGACCUGGAAAAGAAAAACGAGAAGCUGAAAGAGGAGAGCGAAAAACACGAGCAGGAGCUGCGAGACUUGGAAAAGAAAAAUGACAAGGAGCUGCGAAAGAUGUCGAAGAAAAAAGAUGGCGAGUUAGAAACGCUCAAGAGGGAGAAGGAUGAAAAGAUCGGAAAGAUGAGGGAGGAGAUGGAAGAACAAGAUUGGGAGAUGGAAAAGCUAAAAGAAGAGAGGGGGAAACACGGGGUAGAGCUACGCGAGUUGGAGAAGAAAAAUGGCAAGGAGCUGCGGAAGCUGUCGAAGCAAAAAGAUGGCGAAUUAGAAACGUUGAAGAGGGAGAAGGACGGGGAGUCGGAGGAGAAAGACGAGGAGUUAGAGGCGUUGAGAAAAGAAAAGGACGACGCAACAAAGCUGAGCAAAGAGAAGGACGAAAAGUUGAAAAAUUUGAAAGAAGAAAAAAACGGCAAGGAGUUGCUGAAGCUGUCGAGGAAAAAAGACGGCGAGCUAGAAACGCUCAAGAGGGAGAAGGACGAGGAGCUGGAGGAUAAAAACGACGAGUUAGAGACGUUGAGGAAAGAAAAGAACGAGGAGCUGAAAAAAUUGAGGGAGGAAAGGUACGAGGAGCUGAAAAAGAUGAUCGAAACGAAGGAUGAAGAGUUGGGAAAGCUGAGGGAGGAGAUGGAAGAACAAGAUUGGGAGAUGGAAAGGCUAAAAAGGGAGAGGGGUAAGCACGCGACAGAGCUUAGCGAGUUGAAAAAGCGAACCGGCAAGGAGAUGCGGCAGCUGAGGGAGGAGAUGGAGGAACGAGAUUCGGAGAUAGAGAAGCUGAAAGAGGAGAGCGAAAAACACGAGCUGGAGCUGCGAGACUUGGAAAAGAAAAACGACAAGGAGCUGCGAAAGAUGCCGAAGAAAAAAGACGGCGAGCUGGAAACGCUCAAGAGGGAGAAGGACGAGGAAGUGGAGGACAAAAUUGACGAGCUAGAGACGUUGAGAAGAGAAAAGGACGAGGAGUUGAAAAAGUUGAGGGACGAAGUGAAGAAUCUGAAAAGAGGCAGCAGCAAGAAGCAGGAAGACGGAGCAGCAGCAGCAUCAGGAGGAGCAGGUGAUCAGAAAGCUGGGAAGAUGACGACGGUGGACAGUGAUGAAUGGCACAGGUUGAAGAAGGACGAGGCGGAGAUGAGGGAAGAGGUAGCGAAGAAGGAUGAAGCGUUGCGAAAGAUUAUGAACGAGAAGGAUGCAGAAUCCCAACAGCUAAGGAUUGAGAAGGAGGAAAUGAUGAAAGCGAAUGCAGCCGAAACGAAAAAGCUAAGGGACCAACUGUCACAACUCCCUCGGGAGCUGGAGCAACGUCGCAAGCAAUCAUGGAUACAGACAGGUGCAACUAAGUUGGUGCCCCUUACCAAGCAGAAUGACCAAAUAAUAACAAGCGCAAGACGGGCGGUGCCACCGGAUACUUGGAGUUUGUCCAGCGAACUCAACUUUCGAACUGGACCGGGCAUGUUCCAGUAUGAGCCACGUUGGAACAACAGCACUUGGCCAUUCUCGAUAGCAUAUGGAAUCUCUUUGGUGGAUGAAGAUCCCAAAGAUUGGCCGCCUCCACUCAAGAUUCGGGUGUAUAGUUCCAUAGGCCCAUUCGACAAAGACAAUUGGUGGUUUACGAGGACAACCCACCCGGAUGGCGGCUUGACGAUGAUGGCUUAUUAUGACGGCAAUUUCGUUUCUUCUAAUUUCCCCGGGAACAGCUACUACCGAAUCCGAAUGCCGUAUGCAUGGGACGAUGGUAGAUUUUCGGCAGAUACAGCUUGCACCCUGGCUAUGGUGGGCGAAGAAUACAAGCUUGCUUUCAUGUACCGCGAGUAG